AUGCUGGUAUAUCCUUAUAUUCAUAUCAAUGUUACUUAUAUUGAUUUGAGAGAUAAUAGGUUGUUAUUAGCUGAUAAAACAACUAUUAAGAUUAUUAAUUUACUAAAUAUGGAAGUUUUACUAGAAACUAGUAUUCCGGAAUAUAAAGAAAAUAUUUCUAAUGUAUAUUUUGAUGAAAAAUACAUUUUGCAUGUAAAAUACAAAGAUGAACUGGUACUUAUCUACCAUAAAAAGUUUUGGAUCCCAAUUAAUAAUCUUACUAUAAAAAAUUCAAUAGAAAAUGAUUCUCUUCUUUCUAAUAAUAAUGAUAAUGAUAACACAGUUGAACACUUAGAAAGUUUAUAUAAUAUUUAUAUAAUUACUAAUGAUGUGGAUAAUGUAUUUGGUGUUGGUAUGAAAAUGGUAGGCAUAUGUGCAAGGGUAAAUGAUAUUAAUGUUAUAUUAGAAGUCAAAUUAGUAAAGUUAAUUGAAUAUUUAAUUUCAAAGGAUUGCAAAUCUUAUGUUCAUGAACUUUUAAAACGACUAAACGAAGUUAAAAAUAGUCAUGGUUUUAUUGAUAGAAUAUUAAAUAUGUUGAAGUAA